AUGACUGACGUGAGUUCGGAUACGACCAUCGGGCGAGAUAAUUUCAAAACAGUCCGUUUAUUUGUCAAUGGGAUGAACGUUUUGUUUACUAGUUGCUCGGUGGUGAAGGGAGGAGUUAUUGCGAGCGGAGUCGGCGUAAACAAAUUAGUGCGCCGAAGUUGGCGUCGAUAUGUCGUGAGAGUAAUGCUAAUGCAUACUCGAAAAAUGUCUCAAUUAUAG